UUCAAGUAUCUAUUCCAUCUCAAAUAUCUAUCUAUUCCACCUCAAAUAUAUAUUUCCCUUAUAUCUAUACCGAAAGAUGCACCUCUUGAGCAUCUCCACUUUCGUCAGCUUGUUGGUGGCCUUCCCUUUUGCCACCCAGGCCUCAUCCUCGGUCCCCAAGCUUGAACGUCGGCAUCACAAAAAUCACGCCCCCUAUACUAACGUCUACAUGAUGAGACAAGACUUGGAUUAUUCCCAAGGCCCUCUUCCGAUUUAUACAUCCGAAGGCACCGUUGCAUUCCUAUUUGUCAAAAGUGUUCAUAACCCUCGUCGAGGAGAGUCUACCGCCAAACUCAUGUCCAACACUUCAGUGCCCAUUUUCGAGCUUUUCUCGACAAAUGAUGCAUGUUAUUUAGACUCAGUGUACAAAGAGGCGCCCCCCGCAACAGCGGACUUCGCCAUAGAGCUCUACACCCACGGUCUUUUGAAAGAUGAUUGGAGGUUCAACUUCCAUAACACCACCGGGGUGACAGAAAACUACAAGUUUGUUAGAAAUUAUGCGAACAAAGCAGGUAAAAUUUACAACGAAGUCGAGGGUCACAACGGCGAUUUGAUAGCAAAGCUCUCGAACCAAAAACGCAAGGAUUCCUGGUUAUUAACUAAGGGUCACAAAGAAGUGGAGACCUACACCCUCUCAUGCACUGCCAAUUCUCCACAGAUCGAAUUGGUUACCCUCAUGGCCAUGGUUUUACAUCGAGUCGAUGCUUGUGGACUCUAACAGCACCCCAUUUUUUACCUGUUAACUACUUGCCAUCACGUAUCAAAUUUUUCAAAUAGCCCUGUGAUUUGUUUUUAUUCGCGUUCAUUCAACUGUCCACCUUCUUUGAAAUUUUCAAAAUCACUGCCUCGCUUAUUGACAUUGCGGGAUGAUCC